AUGCCAAAACGUAACCGUCAGCUCGCCGAGGCGCUCAACGUCGAACCAGACCACACGGAUGAUCACAUCCCUUAUCAGGCCGUCACGCUCAAGCUCUUCCGGGACAACACCCAGUGGGCGCAAACGCAGGAGCGCGAGUUCCGCGUCUUCGCAGAGUCGAACCUGCGCAAUAUGCGGUUCAAGCCUAUGAAGCCGUACCAGCGACAAUUUCUACACGCCCUGGCAGAGGACUUUGGUCUGGACUCCGAGAGCCAGGAUCCCGAGCCUCAUCGACACGUCAGCAUAUUCAAGGGCCCGCGCUUUGUGUCCGCCCCGAGAAAGACGCUUAUGCAGUGCGUGCGGAUCGCCAAAACAGCCGCGCCGGCGCGCGCAGAGGCGUCUUCGGCACCCAAGCCUGCCCAGCAGCCGUACAACGCCCUCCUGAUAUCGAGGCCUAGAUUUGGCCUCAUUAUUGAGGAGCUUGACUCAGCCCUCGCCGGCGACCUAGCCGCCGCGGUCCCAGCGGAGCACAGGAACAACCUUACGUUCGCGACCAGCUUCCUCCCCACGGACGAGGUCCUUAUCAGGGCUACGACAAAGACGACGGCCGCGACCAUAGCCUCAGGGGCCCUCGCCCCAGCGCAGGUCGAGUCGCUCCUCGCCGCGCUCAAGCCCAAGGUCGCCAAGGCCGUCGCGGCCGACGGCCUGCCGCCGGCGGGGCAGUGGACUGCAGCGCCGGUCAUCGACGCCAAGGUCCCCGGGACGGGGUUCGUUGCGCUGCGGAGGCUCGGCGCGAGGAAGCAGGAGAACAGGGGGGAGGUCCCUGCGGAGGAGUAG